AUGACAUCUUCACCAUCGCCAUCUCACUGGGUUGAAUCACUUUUCCCUCCUCAGUAUUCUAUUCGUGAUUAUCGUGCUACAUUCCAACCUGAUCACCAACGUAUACGUCGUUAUAUUACUACAUUAUCAACAUUCGAUGCUCCAACGUUAGCAGCUAUUUAUGAACAAUCGUAUUUAUUUACUCUCAUUCAACGGUUAGCUAAACAAGAAGAAGAGGAGAAAAUCAAAAGUAAGACAAAAACAAAAGCUAAUCAAACCGAACCCGUUGAUUCGGUGCUUGAUAUUCGUCUUAUUCGAGCAUUUCUUGAAAAGCAUAAAGAAAAGGAAGAAAAAAUUGAUCAGACUGAAAAUCUUUGGACAUCUGAUGAAAUUUCAAUUAUUCGUUCAGCUUAUAUGAAAGUUCGUGAUGAUUGCCUACGUUUGAAAUCUGAAAAUGAUUAUUACCGAGAACAACUUGAAGUUUUUAAAAAUAAAUUUAAUGAAACAAAUCAAAUAUUAGAAAAACUUCAAGAAGAACAUUUAUCUCUCAAAAAAACUCACACACGUUGGACGAUACGAACGAAUUCAUCGGAACAACUUCUUGAUGAACAACGUCAAGAAAAUAAAGAACUUAUUGAACAUAUUGAAAAAUUAACUGAACAAAAUGAAUUCUAUCGUCGUAAUCAUUUACAAAUGCAAACUAAUUUACUUGAAAAACAAUCACAUAUUGAACAACUUGAAAAAAAAAUUGAUCAUUAUGAUGAAACAAUAAAACGUGAAUGUGAUCGACGUAUUGGUUUAGUUGAAAAACGUGCUCAAGUUAAUAAAGAUCGAUUUGAAAUUGAAAAUACUAAUUUACAAACAAAAUUAGGUAAAGAACAAGAUUUACGAAGACAAAAUUUACUUGCAUUAGAUCAAUUAAGAAAACAUAUUGCUUUAGCAAAUCCACAAGAGAAUGAACAAGCUUUAUGUGAUAUUAAACAGAUAAUGCCACAAACUUCGCAUAAUCUAACUGUUAGUAAUUAUACAAAUAAAACAAUCAAAUGUGUUUGUGUAGGUGAUGGUUGUGUCGGUAAAACAUCAAUGCUUAUAUCAUAUACUACCAAUACAUUUCCACAGUCUUAUGUACCUACAGUAUUUGAUAAUUAUUCUGUUACUGUAAUGAUUAAUAAUGAACCACAUACACUUGCUCUAUUCGAUACUGCUGGUCAAAAUGGCUUUGAAUUAAUGCGUGCAUUUUCAUAUGCAAAUACUGAUGUAUUUCUUGUUUGCUUCAGUGUUAUGUCUCCAGCAUCAUUCAAUAAUGCUCUUAAAGUGUGGAUUAAUGAAAUUCGUCAAUCAUCAUCAUCAUCUUGUAUGGCACCAUUUGUUCUUGUUGGAACAAAAAUUGAUCUUCGUACAAAUCUAGCUGAUAUUGAAUUAUUAGCUAAAUCCAAACAAAAACCAAUAACACGUGAACAAGGUGAACGUGCAGCAAAAGAACAUGGUGCAUAUGGAUAUGUUGAAUGUUCAGCAUUAACACAAGAAAAUCUUAAAGAGACAUUUGAUGCUGCUAUAUUAGCUGCACUUACUCCAUUACCUUCUAAACGUGUUGGAAUAUUAUGUUGUUGUUCUUAA